AUGGCAGCGGUGGAUAAGGCACCGCGAGAGCACUACUCGCCAUACCAAACGAUUGCCAAUAAUGGCCGCCAGCCAUACGUCAAAAAUGGCGGGGUCGACGAGGAGGAUCCUCUUCUUGCGCGGCCGGCGCAUACAGAGCAAUCCGUGAAAUUGUUGACCAGUGUGUCGACUGUAGUGGCGGUUUUACUCCUUGGCGAAUUCAUCACCAAUGCCGACGGCACGCUGGUAAUGGCUGCUGCUGCACCUAUCUCGUCCCAGUUCCAGCGCCUCCAGGACGCAAGCUGGCUAUCCACAGGAUACACGCUGAGUCUCUGUGCGGCGCAACCCAUGUAUGGCAAAUUGAGCGACAUCUACGGUAGAAAGCCCGUUCUACUUGUAGCGUAUGCUUUCUUUGCAGUUGGAUGCUUGAUCUCGGGAAUCGGUCAUGGUCUGUGGAUGGUGAUUCUCGGCCGUGCCGUCAGUGGCAUUGGCGGAGCUGGCAUCAUGACUUUAGGAUCGGUGAUUAUCACUGCAGACAUCGUUCCCCGGCGCGACCUCGCCUCGUGGCGCGCCUAUAUCAACAUCGCCAUGACACUGGGCCGCAGUGUCGGCGGACCACUCGGGGGUUGGCUGACCGACGCCGUCGGCUGGAGAUGGCUCUUCCUCCUGCAAAUCCCAUUCAUCGCAGCCGGCGCAAUCCUAGUCAUCGUCAAAUUGCAAAUCGCCCCUCCCGACACCCCGCACGCCCCAUCCAUCCGACGAGUCGACUUCCUCGGCACCGCCCUCCUCGCAGCCUCAAUCAUAUCAUUGAUCACAGUCCUCGACCGCGGCGGCCACGCCUUCCCCUGGGUCUCAUGGCCCGCGCUCCUCCUGUUCAGCAGCGGCCUCGCGCUAGGGGCGCUCUUCGUCGCCGUAGAGACGUCCAAGACCCUCGCCCCAGAGCCCAUCUUCGACCUGCGCAUCCUCCACAACAACCGCAACGUCCCCAUUGCCUACACCAUCUCCUUCCUCCAGACCACCGCCCAGCUCGGCAUGGUCUUCGCCGUCCCGCUGUACAUGCAAGUCUCGCAGCGCGCCUCCACCACCCGCGCAGGCGCACACAUGAUUCCCUCCGUCGCAGGGAACACCCUCGGCGGUUUGCUCGCCGGCUACGUCACCCGUCGAACGGGCCGCUACAAGUUCCUACUGAUCAUCGCGGGGCCCGUCGCCGCCGUCUCCUACGCGCUGCUUCUCGCCCGCUGGCGCGACCAACCCCUGUCCCCUUGGGAGUCGCUGGAUAUCUUGCCCGGUGGGCUGGGCUCGGGUAUAUGCUCUGCGGCGGCGUUUGUAGCCAUGUCGGCGCUGCUGGAACCGGGUGAGGUCGCCAUGGCGACGAGCGGGUAUAUGUUGGUGAUCAGUCUGGCUAUGACGACUGGGGUGACGGUCACGAAUACGGUUUUGGGGGUGGGGUUUCGGCGGGAGUUAGGAAGAAGGUUACAUGGUCCUGAGGCGGAUGAGGUUAUUCGCCGCGCCGUGUCCGAUACGAACUAUAUUGCUGGGCUGGAAGGCCGACUCCGCGAGGUUGUAGUUCGGUGUUAUGUGGAUGGGCUGCAGGGGACUUAUGUUAUCUCCCUCCUUUGCUCGAUUUUAGGAUCGUUGCUGGGAUGGAUGGUCAGGCAGCAUCGGCUGUAG